CUUCCCAACAAGCCUCCCGAGUGCCAGAACAGACGCCGUCGCCGCCGUCCAUAUCGCCGCCGCCGCCGUCUCUUCCUCCACUCGAUAUUCACCAUGAGCGACAAUCAGGAGACCCACAAUGUCGGUAUCGAUGCCAUGUUGAACGAACCGGAGCCUGAAAUGAAGACCAUCCUUGUCGUGAACGACAACCUACAGACCAACAUUAACGGCGUGGUGACGGUCUUCAAGAACAUCGAGCGACUGGCGUUCCGUGACGGAUACAAGAUCGUGUACAUGAAUCCGUCCGAGUUCCCGCAUUUUGAUUGUCCAGGGUACCCCGACAUCAAGCUGUCGCUGCCGUUCGACAUUGACAACAAGAUUGCGAAAAUCAACCCCGACUUUAUCCACAUCGCGACCGAAGGCCCACUGGGUCUCGCCACUCGCUUCUACUGCGACAAGCGCAAGAUCGGGUACAACACGGGGUACCAUACCAAGAUCCCCGAGUACCUCCAGGUCAUGUACGGCAUCCCCGAGAGCUUUGGGUACGGGUACCUGCGUUGGUUCCACCGCAACUCGGGUCGCGUGCUUACGACGACCGCGACGAUGGUGUCAGAGUUGGAGAACCACGGGUUUCUCAGCUACAUCAAGCCCAUGACGUUUGGCGUGGAUCGGUCGACCUUCAAGAGUUCGUUACGUAGUGUCGAAAACACCAAAUUCAGCAGCUUGAGUCGCCCCAUCUUGCUCAGCGUCGGCCGCGUGAGCAAGGAGAAGGGUCUGGACGACUUUUGUACCGUAAAGUACCCCGGCGCGACCAAAAUCGUGGUUGGCGACGGUGCGUACCGCAAGGAAUUGGAGCACAAGUACCCCCACGUGAUCUUUGCGGGGUUCCAGACUGGCGCCGCGCUAGCCGAGUACUACGCGCACGCCGACUGCCUCGUGUUUACGAGUCGCACCGACACGUUUGGCGUGGUGAUCAUCGAGGCGCUGGCGGUGGGCACCCCCGUCGCAGGCUACGAAGUCCCUGGGCCCAAGGACAUUUUGGAGCCCGGCGUCACGGGCUAUAUGGGCGAAGACAUGACGGAGAACAUCGACAAGUGCCUCGCGCUGGACCGCGCCAAGGUCGAAGAGGCGAGUCAGUGCUGGUCCUGGGACCAAUGCUGGGAUAUCUUCCGACGCCACCUCGUCAACCGAAGCGACCAGCUCACGUACGAAUACACGGUCUGAUGAAUAUGGACAGUGUCGGAUGUUGAUUUUAUUCAAGUAAUAUAAUAGUAGAAUGUAACGAUUUCAAGGAACAAACGGCGUACGUUCUUGUUAUAACAAACAGUGCCAAAAUCGGCGUAUAAAACCUAUAAAACGCAUUUUCGCAUCGACCAAUGUUUCGUGAAAUCGGAUUGGAUUGAUUCAUUGUUUUAUUAUUAUCCCCAAAUAUCAUGUCGACAAAAAUCAAAAUAAUGA